AGGCAGCGCCACCGUACGGGGAAUGGUUCACAAACACACACACACACCCACAGCCAGACAGGAGACAGACGGGCCACAAGGAGGAGGGUUAGCGGCCCGUAGGCUUUGGUUGCGAGAGUUGAUCCUAGAAAGAGUAUCUCCGUAUCUCCAAAAUGGAAGCAAUGGAAGAAUUAAACAACGACUUAUUAAUUGUCGAUCAGAAUGUUGUGCACCUCAAGGAAAAGCGAAGGGAAUAUUUGUCAACAGUGAGAGAUGUGCUGGACGUCUAUGUCCUGAGUGUCAUGGAGGAGGAAGAUCCAAUUUUCAGUUUGUUGAGUAAGCGCUCACAAUAUCACUACAACCUGAAAACAACAUCUCCAUUUCAACUACAGUUCAAAAUUUUAAUGGACCUUCCUUUCCUUCAUUCCGAUAUUCAAGUUGAGAGGGGAGAGCCUGGGUUUGUGAAGCUGAAGCUUCCAAAUGUUGAAGAAGGUCUGAUGAGGAGCAAAGUCUGGACAGAGGCUUGUCACAGAGGCAUUCAGAAAAGUUUGACAAGGCACAUAAAUCAGUGGAAAGAUGACUCGAAUUAUCUGAAACAGACUGCAGUUCUGGGAUGGCUGGCUGGUGCUGUAGAUAAGAGCUUGGCUUUGGUUGGAACAAUACCCAAUUAUCUGAUACAACGUCAGCACAUAAGAAAUAAAGUUGUCAUCCAACUGGAAGACAAAGCCAAAAAUAUGAAAUUCAAUAUAGAAUUGUUACCUGUUUUAGAAUUGACUUCAUCUCAGUUACCACAACAGUUAGCUGACAACCCACUUGUGUCUCAAAUUCCAUCUUGUGAUACAUGGAGUGUAGAGUGUCGUUCUAAUGAGAUCUGUAAUGAUCAGUUCUGGGGAAUUUCAAUGUGGCAACAUGAAAAAUUCAUUAUCAGACAGCAUACCAAUUUGAAAUCUGUGAUACACAUCCUGAAAUCCCUUCGUGAUGGAUGUGAAUGGAACAUUUUGACAAACUACCACAUCCGGACCCUUGUGCUUCAAGCAUUCUUGCAGGAUCGUAUGAUGUUCGAUAUCUUCAGUUUGGCAGAGCUUCUCUUACAACUUUUGCUUCUGCUUCGUGACAAAUUAGUUAGCCGAGAGGGCUUACCCUGUCUUUGGGACAUGAAUUAUAAUCUACUAAGUGGACUCAAUGGACAUCAAAAAAGUGGAUUAGCACGCGCAGUAACAAAAAGGAGAGACAGCCUUCAAAAGCUUUCCGAUAAUUACUGUAGUUUCUUCAGAUUGGAAACCUACAGUACUGCUCCAACAUCCAGAACGUCUGAAGCUCCACUUUCUGAAUCCAGCACACCGACUUUUCAAUCCUUUGAAAACACAUCUACUCUAUCUGCUCCACUCCCUGAAUCAGGGGAACAACCAGAGAGCAUGCCUUCCUCUUCUGGGGAACAACAGCAAAGGACAAUUUCCUCUUCUGAGGAACAACUACCAAGGACCAUUUCUUCUUCUGCGGAACAACCACUGAGCAGGACUUCCUCUUCUGCAGAGCAACCACAGAGGAGGACUGCUUCAUCCAGGGGUCAACCACAGAGUAGUCCCACCUCUCCUGUCGGAGACAUACACAGAAGGGUAGCUGCCUCCAGGAAGCAUCACAGAGAGGCCCUGCAGAGCAAGGAGGUUUGGGCCAAGUCCAAAACGGUUCCGGCUGGUGGCAAACAGUUGCUACUGUAGCAGCUGGGGUAGGGGCAGUGGGCGUGACCUUGGCUGCAGCUUACUCCAUGAGCAAAAACCGAAACAAAAAGUAACUUUCAUUUGCGCUAGCUUUAUCUAUAUUGUCUGUGAUGUUGAUCACUGUGCUACUUCAUUAAAUAUUUUUAGUUUGAUUUAUGA